UCGGGCCCAAUGGGUGGGAGACGGAGGUAUAUAGCGGAGGAGUCGGCGAUCGGCCGACACUGGCCUGCGCGCUCCGACCUGGCUCGUGCAGCUACGUACGACACGGACCCGACUCUGGCAACGAUGACAAAACUCGUACUGGUCUGCUGUUUGGUUGCGCUGGUGGCUGCGCGGCCACAGGAUUUUGUAGACGACUCCGUCAUCUACCAGGAGCCACGGCCCCAGUAUAGGACCUUGGAAGACGCCGGCAUUCUGCGCAUGGAAUCGUCAAUGAACGAGGACGGCUCGUUCCAGUACGGCUUCGAGACCACCGACCCCAUCCAGCAGGACGUGGCCGGACAGCCCAAACAAAUCGGGGAGGAGAUCGGCAUCGUCAUGCAGGGAUCCUAUAGCUUCCAGACUCCUGAGGGUCAGACCAUCACCGUCAACUGGGUGGCCGACGAGAACGGCUUCCAGCCGCAGGGCGAUGCCAUUCCGGUGGACGCCAACGCCGCCGCGCAGGCCGCCGCCUUCGCCAACGCGCCGCAGCAGGUCACCUUCGACGAGCAGUUCUAAUGGACUCGGCUGCACGGAGCCAUAACACACAGUCUGCAAACGGGUGACCUGACCUGGACUGACCUGAACUGACCUGACCUGACCAUUGUUCGGCGACCUGCACCGGUUGCCACCUGCUGGGUGCUGGAUGCUGGACGAUGAUAUGCUCUCACAUUUGCCGUUAUCUCGGUUAGCUAUGUGCAAGUGUACAUAAUGUUUUCUGCAAUACAAAGCAUCGCCAA